AUGAUUGGUAUACCAAUAAAUCCUAAUUCAAUAUAUGUACCUGUUGUUCAAACUGGAUGUUUGAAAGCAGAAUUUGAUUCAACAUAUCCAAUUCAUCUUAAUGGAAUAAUUAAUGAAAAUGAAUUUCAAGAAUCAAUUCAUAAAAUUAAUCGUACAAUUGCUUCAAGUAAAAUUUUAUUAAUCGUAGGCGUUAUUCUUAUAUUGACUAUGAUAAUUGGUAUGAUAUUAUUUGUUGUUGGUGCAAUAACAGCAACUACGAAUAUAGAACAUGGGUUUCCUGCAUUAGUUGGUGUUGGAAUGAGUAUAAUUAUGUUUGGAAUGGUUUUUUGUAUUAUUGCAUGUUGUACUCUACAACUUCGACUUGCAGAAAGAAUGCGACGAGUAAUUGCAGAAGAAUCAAGAAAAUAUUCUUCUCGAUCACCAAUACCAUGUAGUUGGAGGUUAGAUUCUUCAACGAGUUAUACUGAAUAUUAUGGAAACCAAUAUAGACAUCAAGUAGUUUAUCAUUUAGUAAUAGAUAUUGGCCGUUCCAGUGCUCCUGGAAGCGUAGCAUAUUAUCCUAAUCAAACUGCUUCGGAUCAAAUAAUAGGUUUUAGUGGACAAAGUAAUUAUGCACCUCCACCUUAUCCUGGACAAUCAGCAGGAUUUUGUUCUCAAUGUAAUGCACCACGACAAGGUCUCACAAAUCAAUUCAGUUCAUCAUGUGGACAUUCAUUUAAUAAAUAUUAA